CCACCCGACCCCUCCGGACAGGUCCCUGCUGUUCCUCCUCCGUGGGGGUCCUCCGGGGGCGGCGAUGGGUCCCUCCUCCUUCCUGCUCCUGCUGCUCCUCCUCCCCCUGGCGACCCCCGUGACGCCCCCUCCCCGGCGGGACGCGGACGAGGACGCCUCGGCGUCGGCGUGGCUGUUCGCGGACCUGUCCCCGCGGGAGCUGCGUGCGGUGCGGGACUUCCUCGGGAGCCGCCCGGAGCUGGGCCUGGGGCGGGACCCUCGCCCUUCUCCCCCUGGGCGCCCCUCCCUGGCGCGGAACUCGCUCUUCCUGGUGGAGCUGGAGCCCCCCCCGAAGCGCGCGGCCGUGCGGGCGCUGCAGUCCCCGCGUGGGCGGCCCCUCCCCCCGCGCCGGGCGCGCGCCGUGCUCUUCUUCGGGGCGGGGCCCUCCCCCAACGUGAGCGAGUACCUGGUGGGGCCCCUCCCGGCGCCCACCUGGCUCCGCCCCGCCGGACGCCCGCUGCCCUUCGCCUCCCGCCCCGUCACGCGCGAGGAGGCCGGCCUGAUCCACGCGCGCCUCUCGGAGCUGCUCUCCCCGCUGGCGGGCUUCGUGGCCGAGUCCUCGGGGGGCUUCGCGCUGGGCGGGCGCUGCGGGACCAAGUGCCUGACGCUGACCGACGUGGCCCCGCGCGGGCUGGCCUCCGGGGAGCGCCGCUCGUGGGUGAUGCUCCAGCGCAACGUGGACGGCUUCUACCUCCACCCCACGGGCCUCGAGGUGCUCCUCGACCACCGCGACCUGGACCCACGCAGGUGGAGCGUGCAGCGCCUCUGGUACAACGGGAAAUAUUACCUCAGCGUGGACGAGAUGGCGUCUCUCCACGCGCGGGGGGGCAUCCCGGUGGUGCGCCUCCCGCCCGUGGGGCCCGACGGGGGCUUCGCCUCUUACGCGCCGCGCGGGGAGUUCGCCCACGAGGAAGACCCCCCCGCGGCCAAGACGUGCGCCCCGCCCCCUCCCACGGCGCGCGCCUUCGCCCUGCGUGGGAACCGCGUCUCGUACCGCGGGUGGCGCUUCUCCUUCCGGCUGCGCUCCUCGUCGGGCCCGCAGCUGCUGGACGUGCGGUUCCGCGGGGCGCGCGUGGCCUUCGAGGUGAGCGUGCAGGAGGCGCUGGCCUUCUACGGGGGGGCCUCCCCGGCCGCCAUGCGGACGCGCUUCGUGGACGCGGGCUGGGGCAUGGGCGCCUCCACGCACGAGCUGGCCCCCUCCGUGGACUGCCCGCCCGGCGCCGCCUUCGUGGACGCGCACCACCUCUACGACGCCGCCGGGCCCGUCCGCUUCCCGCGCGCGCUCUGCCUCUUCGAGGCGCCCACGGAGGCCCCGCUGCGCCGGCACUUCGACCCGGACUUCUCCUCGGGGGCGGGCGCGCGCUUCUACGGGGGGCUCCCGGGGGCGGCGCUGCUCCUCCGCGCCUCCUCCACCGUCUACAACUACGACUACCUCUGGGACUUCCUCUUCCACGCCCACGGCGUGCUCGAGGCCCGCGUCAGCGCCACCGGCUACCUCCACGCCGCCUUCUUCACCCCCGACGGGCGCCGCUACGGGAGCCGCGUCCACGAGCACCUCCUCGGGAACCUCCACACCCACCUCGUCCACUACAAGGUCGACCUCGACGUCGCCGGGACGGAGAACUCCUUUGAGACGAUGGAGCUGGGCCUGGAGAACAUCCCCGUGCCGUGGGCGCCGGAGGAGCGCCUGGUGCAGCCCUUCCUGGAGCGGAAGCCUCGGGCCUGGGAGCGGGAGGCCGCCUUCCCCGUGGGGGCCCCGCUGCCCCGCUACCUGCUCUUCCGCAACGAGGGCCAGAGGAACCGCUGGGGACACCGGCGCUCCUUCCGCCUCCAGCCCUUCUCCCACGCCGGGCACAUCCUCCCACGCGGGUGGAAGGAGGAGCGCGGGGUCUCCUGGAGCAGGUACCACUUGGCGGUGACGCAGCAGCACGACUCGGAGGAGCGCAGCAGCAGCAUCUAUGCGCAGAACGACCCCUGGGAGCCCCGCGUCUCCUUUGAGCGCUUCCUCCGCAACAACGAGAGCAUCGAGAACAAGGACCUGGUGGCCUGGGUGACGGUGGGCUUCCUGCACAUCCCGCACGCGGAGGACAUCCCCAACACGGCCACCCCGGGCAACACGGCCGGUUUCUUCCUGCGGCCCUUCAACUUCUUCGACGAGGACCCCUCCGUGGGCUCCCGCAGGACCCUCCUCGUCCACCCGGACCCCUUAGCCAAGCCCCCCGUGAUGAGACUCCAGCGGUGGAUGCCGGAGGGGCCCCCCGCCUGCGCCGUACACCACCCCUUCAGCUUCAACGGCACCUACCGGCAGGAGGAGCCAUAGCAGCGCCUGCGGGGGGGGGGGGGGGGCUGCCUGGUGCAUGGUUUAUUUGUAGCCCCCUCCCCACAUGCGAAGAUGGCUCCCCAUUAAGGACGAAAAGAAGACCAUGAUGGAGGAAGUCACAUGUUGAGGGGAGUCUUCUGGACAUUAUAUAGAUAUAUACACACACACUGUGGCGAAGUAUGGUGGUAUGGGAAAUAAAGUAUCUUAUAUUAUCUGCUUAGAACUGGAUUAUAUGAGGCCCUGUCUACACAGCUGUUUAAAAUGUGGAUUAUAUGGCAGUGUGGAGUCAAGAUAAUCCAGUGCAAAGCAGAUAGUAUAAGAUUAUAAAUGGGUUAUAUAGCUGUGGGGAAGGGCCUUGAAUCUGCACUGCCAUAUAAUCGAGUUAAAAUCAGAUAAUCUGUAUUUUAUAGGCAGUGGGGAAGAGGCCUAAGUGAGGCCUAACUCUGCCUGUCCCCUGGGCUGAGUGGGUUGCUAGGAGACCAAGUGGGCGGAGCUUAGCCUUCUAACUGGCACCAAUUGGCUAAAAACAAUUAUUCCUCUCCCUGUAAUUAGGACUUUAUUUUUCUUUUCCUUUUGUUGUAUGAACGUAGAGGCAUGGAUGAGGGGUUGUGCUGCCAAGUUUAGUGUUUCUGGGGUGUGUACUUUUGUUUUGUCCUAGGCUGAAAUUUCAUUACCCUUUUAUAUAUAUAUAUGAAAAAAAACCUAGAGAAAUAAAGUCUAAAUAACAAAAAAAAAAACCCAAUUGCUUACCACGCAUGCGCAGAGGCCCCCUUGGGAACUGAAACAACUACAUUACCCAGAGGACCUCAUAGCUGCGUGUGGAGCCUAAUGCCACUUUUAAAAUACGUUGCCAUGGUGGAACAGCCUUGCAGCUUCAAAGUCAGUCUGCUUCCUACCCAGGGGGAUCCUCGGUUGGCCACCUUGAAUACCACUGAACAGCCUUACAGCUUCAAAGCCAGGCGGCUUCCUAACCAGAGGGAUCCUAACCACCAGUCUAUGCCACAGCAACGCAUGGCUGGGCACAGCUAGUACAGUAUAACGCAGUAAUAAUAAAAUAGAAUGGCAAGAUGAUAUAGAACACAGUGUGCGCAUAACUGCAGAAACCUGACACACGUUUACGUAUGCAGGUUUCCAGUAUCUCCUUGUGCAAUUCUGAUUUACCUAGGCGAUCCAUUGUCUACAUAUGAUGGCCUUCCAAGUGUAGUGUCUUGGCAGUGGAUAGACUUGUAUUCUGAACACAUUGUAGGGAUUGCUCCAGCUGUGUUGCUGUGGGUUAAUCUUCUCUUGAAAGAGCACACCAAGACGCAUAGGGGCUGA